GUCUAGCGCCCACUCGGGCGGGCCCCGCAAGUAUAUAAAGACCGCGGAGAGCGAGUAGGACAAGACGGCGCGACGGAAGAGAACGAAGGGAAGAAAAGUGACCGAGAGGCCGCUGAACAUCCUCGCCCCGGCGCAGCGGGAGCCGCCCGAGGCAGCUUCCCCGUGACAGGGGUCCCACUCAUCUUGUUUGCCUCUGCAGAGCCUCAGCCUGCCUGGAAGAUGCCGAGACUGUGCAGCAGUCGUUCGGGCGCCCUGCUGCUGGCCUUGCUGCUUCAGGCCUCCAUGGAAGUGCGUGGUUGGUGCCUGGAGAGUAGCCAGUGUCAGGACCUCACCACGGAAAGUAACCUGCUGGCGUGCAUCCGGGCCUGCAAGCCCGACCUCUCCGCCGAGACGCCGGUGUUCCCCGGCAACGGCGACGAGCAGCCGCUGACUGAGAACCCCCGGAAGUACGUCAUGGGCCAUUUCCGCUGGGACCGCUUCGGCCGUCGGAAUGGUAGCAGCAGCAGCGGAGUUGGGGGCGCGGCCCAGAAGCGCGAGGAGGAAGUGGCGGUGGGCGAAGGCCCCGGGCCCCGCGGCGAUGAUGGCGAGACGGGUCCGCGCGAGGACAAGCGUUCUUACUCCAUGGAACACUUCCGCUGGGGCAAGCCGGUGGGCAAGAAGCGGCGCCCGGUGAAGGUGUACCCCAACGGCGCCGAGGACGAGUCGGCCCAGGCCUUUCCCCUCGAAUUCAAGAGGGAGCUGACAGGGGAGAGGCUCGAGCAGGCGCGCGGCCCCGAGGCCCAGGCUGAGAGCGCGGCCGCCCGGGCUGAGCUGGAGUAUGGCCUGGUGGCGGAGGCGGAGGCCGAGGCGGCCGAGAAGAAGGACGCGGAGCCCUAUAAGAUGGAACACUUCCGCUGGGGCAGCCCGCCCAAGGACAAGCGCUACGGCGGGUUCAUGACCUCCGAGAAGAGCCAAACGCCCCUUGUCACGCUGUUCAAAAACGCCAUCAUCAAGAACGCCCACAAGAAGGGCCAGUGAGGGCGCAGCUUGCAGGGGCCUCUCUCCGCGGAAAGUUGACCCCGAAGGCCUCUCUUCUGCCCUCCUGCCGCCUCGCAGCCUGGGUGAGGAUUCGCCCAGGCAGUGAUGGCUCCAGGUAUCCCGACUCUUAAAGCUGUCUGUAGUUAAGAAAUAAAACCUUUCAAGUUUCACGAA